AUGUCUCUUCAAUCACGAAUGGCGCCCAUUAUUGAAAGAAGAAGGGAUGUCCAAUCGUCGUCCACGAAGAAUGACAUUCAAUCAUUAGAUAUCAAUUCAGAUGAGAAUGAUCCGGGAUUAGAUGCCCAUUAUCUCAACGUGCAUGCCUUCCCCGUUGUAUCGGAACUUACAUACUCAUUUAUUGGAGGACUUUCGAUCUCCCAAGUUAUAUUUAUUGCUCCAAUUGUGACAAAAUGCGCCCACAGUUUGGGCAUGAGACCUACAUUACUAAUUGGUGUAGUACUUGAGAGCGGGGCGUUAGUUGCAUUUGGCAUUGUUCCUUACACAAGGCCCUUUAACUGGGUGGGGUGCGCUUUCCUCUAUUUCGGCGCCGUCGGAAUAGUUCCCCAGUGGUUUGAGAAACGAAAGAGCGUAGCAAAUGGAAUUGCUGCCGGUGGCAGUGGUCUUGGUGGCUUUAUUUAUAGCUUGGCGACAAAUUGUAUGACCGACCAACUGGGCCUUUCUUGGGCCUUUCGAAUUACGGCAAUUUGCGUCUUCGCUAUUAACGCCAUAUGUGCUAUGUUGAUACGCGAUCGGAAUCAGCACAGCAACCCCGAUCAGCGCUCGUUUGACUGGUCCCUAUUGCGACGCUACGAGUUCCAUUUGUUAAUUGGGUGGGCUUACUUCAGCACUCUUGGGUACACCAUGAUUUUGUUUUCAUUAUCGGAUAAUGCUGCCAAAGCUGGUCUCACAUUACGGCAAGGUGCUAUUGUGGGAGCUCUAGCGAACAUGGGAAUGGCUAUCGGACGACCUAUGGUCGGGCUCUUGGGCGACUUUGUUGGCCGUAUCAAUAUUGCAACCGCAGCGACCUUCCUAUCCGCUCUCUAUUGCUUUUGCCUUUGGACAUCAGGAACAUCCUACGCCACAUUCGCAAUACUAGGAGGAUCUGUUUUUGGGACGUACUGGGCGACGAUUGGACCGCUGUUGCAUGACACUCUAGGAAUUCAGCUACUUGCAGCAGUACUUUCUAUUUUGUGGACUGUCAUUGUUCUACCAACAACUUGUAUGGCACCUUCAGUAUUCUUUGCACACUCUUAA